AUGGAGGAGCAUUUGCUGAAGUCGUGGUUAAAAGCGUGGGAACAGACUGGUUUGAGCACAAAUCCAUAUACAUUUGGCUUUUAUUUUGCGCUUUUAGGCUUUAACAACAAAAGUCCAGAUGAACUUCUACAAAGUCCGGAAUUGAGCACGCUUGUGGCUUUUGGAAAGCUGUUAAAUGAAGAUGAGCAAAACAAAUGGAAAGACGUUUUGCUAGACAAAUUGAUGAGUAAAGAGCCUGAUCUGCCGACACUAAAGAAGAUUUUUGCAAAGCACAGUAAUGGCAUUAACGCGGAAGCUGUGCGAGUAUUAAAACUUCGACUGCUGGAGAAGAUUAAAGAGGAGAAGCUGGAUUAG